AUGUCCAAGGUCUUUGUCGCCGUUGUCAAGUCUGUGCUGAGCGGUGACACCCUCGUCCUCACCAGCCCCAACAAUCCGACUCUCGAGCGCACGUUUUCUCUGGCCUUUGUCAGUGCGCCCCGCCUGAGCAAAGACAACGAGGAGCCGUUUGCGUUUCAGUCUCGCGAGUACCUCCGCACGAACGUCCUCAACAAACAGGUCCAAUGCACCGUUCUGUAUACCGUGCCGUCGUCGCAGCGUGAUUACGGCACAGUGCUCGUCAAGGACAGCCCCGAGCUGCCGGAUGCGCCCGUCUCUGCCGGUUGGCUCAAGGUCCGCGAGGAUGCUGGCAAGAAGGAGGAGAGUGAGGAGAUCGUGCAGCGCCUCGAGACCCUGCGCAGCCUCGAGUCCCAGGCACGUACCGACGGUCGUGGCCUCUGGUCCGGCGCCGAUGGCUCCAUCCAGGUCCAGCACGACCUGGGCGGCCCCGGCUUCCUCACGGAGUGGAAGAGCAAGACGGUCGACGGCAUCAUCGAGCGCGUGUUUGCGGGCGACCGCCUGCUUGUACGCCUGCUGCUGUCCGACAAGAAGCACGCCCAAGUGAUGACGCUGGUUGCCGGGAUCCGCACUCCGGCCACCGAGCGCGUCAACCAGUCGACGGGCGAGACCCAGCCCGGCGAGGAGUUCGGCAAAGAGGCACAGCGCUUUGUCGAGACACGACUACUGCAGCGCCUGGUCAAGAUCCAGAUCGCCGGCGCAAGUCCACAGGGCCAGCUGGUCGCGACCGUCCUGCACCCGCGCGGCAAUAUCGCCGUCUUCCUCUUGGAGGAAGGCCUGGCGCGCUGCAACGACUUCCACUCCACCAUGCUUGGCGACCGCAUGCCGUCGUUGCGGGCUGCGGAGAAGGUGGCACAGGAUGCGAAGAAGCGCCUGCAUAAGAACCACGUUGCCAAGGUGUCGGAGGGCAACCUUGAUGCCACCGUCAUCAAGAUCAUCAGUGCCGACACUAUCAUUGUGCGGAAUAAGUCGGGGGCCGAGAAGCGACUCCAGCUUAGCAGCGUCCGUGGACCUCGUCGCAACGAGGCCACCGAGGCUCCGUUCCAGGACGAAGCAAAGGAGUUCCUUCGCAAGAGGCUCAUUGGGAAACACGUCCGCGUCAGCGUUGACGGAACUCGCCCGGCUACAGAGGACUUCGAGGCCCGAGAUGUGGCCACGAUUACGCACAACGACAAGAACUUCAACCUGGCAUUGGUGCAGGAGGGCUAUGCCACGGUCAUCCGUCACCGGAAGGACGACACGGACCGCGCGCCCAACUACGACGAGCUGCUAGCGGCACAAGAAACAGCCAAGGAAGCAAAGAAGGGCAUGUGGUCAGGGAAGUCGCCAAAGAUCAAGCAAUACGUUGAUGCAUCAGAGACAGUGCAGCGGGCAAAGAUCCAGGCGUCGACUUUGCAACGGCAAAAGAAGGUUCCCGGCAUCGUGGACUUUUGCAAAUCUGGAUCUCGCUUCACGAUCCUGAUCCCGCGCGAGGGAGUCAAGCUCACACUUGUGCUGGCAGGCAUUCGGGCGCCCCGUGCGCCUGGGCGGAAUACACAGGACAAGGGUGAGCCGUUUGGCGAGGAGGCUCUGGAGCUGGCCAACCGGCGGUGUAACCAGCGCGACUGCGAAAUCGACGUGCACGACGUGGACAAGACAGGCGGCUUUAUCGGCGAGUUGUUUGUGAACCGCGAGAGCUUCGCCAAGGCGCUCGUGGAGGAGGGUCUGGCGACGGUGCACCAGUACUCGGCGGAGAAGUCGGGCAACGCGGCAGAGCUCAACGCAGCAGAGCAGCGGGCAAAGGAGGCACGGAAGGGCCUAUGGCACGACUGGGACCCGUCGCAGGAUGAGGUGGCAGAAGAGACCAACGAAGCGAGCGGCGGGACGGCAGCGACUGCAGAAGGCGUGACGCUGGAGAAGCGGCCACAGGACUAUCGGGACAUUGUGGUAACCAACAUCGACGCAAACGGGCGGUUGAAGAUCCAGGUGAUUGGCCAGGGGACGGCGGCGUUGGAGACGCUGAUGAGCGACUUCAAGCGGUUCCACCUAGACAGCAAGAACAAGGUAGCGAUCCGGGAGAACCCCAAGGCGGGCGAUUAUGUAUCGGCGCAGUUCUCGCUGGACAACCAGUGGUACCGGGCCAAGAUUCGGUCCAACGACCGGACGGCCAAGGUGGCCGAAGUGGUGUACGUGGACUACGGCAACAGCGAGAAGAUUCCGUGGUCGAAGCUGCGGCCGCUGGACGCAAGCAAGUUCGGGACGCAGCGGCUCAAGCCACAGGCUGUGGACGCGGUGCUGUCGUUUGUGCAGCUGCCGACAGCCGUGGACUACUUCCAGGACGCGAUGAACUUCAUUGCCGAGUGCACAGAAGGACGACAGCUGGUGGGCAGCUUUGACUUUGUGGAUGCCAAGGAGGGCCUCAGCUACAUCACGGUCUUCGACCCGAAGACGGGCGGCGACGGGCCGGAGCGCAACGAGUCGCUCAACCGCGAGGUUCUUCGAAACGGACACGGACUGGUGCCCAAGAAGCUCAAGGUGUGGGAGCGCAGCGCAGUGUUUGAGCCGACGCUCAAGGUGCUGCGGGCGGCGGAGAAGGAGGCCAAGGAGGGCAAGUACGGCAUGUGGGAGUACGGCGACAUUACAGAGGACUAG